ACUAAGUAUGUGAUUGGGGUUAACCAAUCCAGUUGCUGAAUGAAGGCGUCACUGCUCGCCCGCCGUUCUCUUACCGCCAUCUUGAAAUAGGUCUGAAGCAUAUGAUCAUUGUUGUGUGCUCUCAAAAUAUCGUUUUUAUUACCAAAAUAUCGGUUUUAUUCUCAAAAUAAGUGUAUUCUUAACAAAAUUGUUACAAGUGAACAAUGGCUCGUACCAAGCAGACAGCUCGUAAAUCUACGGGAGGUAAAGCUCCCCGAAAACAGCUUGCCACAAAAGCGGCGCGUAAAUCAGCUCCCAGUACUGGUGGAGUGAAAAAACCACAUCGUUAUCGCCCUGGUACCGUGGCCCUUCGAGAAAUUCGUCGUUACCAAAAGUCCACUGAAUUGUUGAUUCGUAAACUGCCGUUCCAGCGUCUCGUAAGAGAAAUAGCUCAGGAUUUCAAAACUGACCUUCGUUUCCAAUCUGCCGCUAUUGGUGCAUUGCAGGAAGCCAGUGAAGCCUACCUUGUAGGUCUCUUUGAAGACACCAAUUUGUGCGCCAUCCACGCCAAGCGUGUAACCAUCAUGCCUAAAGAUAUCCAACUGGCCAGACGGAUUCGUGGGGAGCGAGCAUAAAUAAUUUACUUUAGGUUACUUUGUCUUAAAUUAUUUGUAAUUCGAAUAGACAUAAUUUCUAAAUAUCAUUUUGAUUAAUGUCUCAGUUUAUUCAUCUUAUUUUCAUCUUAAUCAUAAUUAAUUGUAAGGAGGCAGCAGAACUGAAUUUUUUAUGGAUAUGUUCUUAUUCUGUAAGUUUGUCUAUGUUGUGUACGAGAUAUAACUAGCUCUGCUAGACAUCUUCCACCUUUGUAUUUGUCAAUGUUAAAUGAAUUUUCUUUUUUAUCUUUCAUUUCAACAUAGAAUCUGUCUUAGUGACUUGUGGUGUGUCUAGGUAGUUAAAUAGGCAAUAACAAUACCACAUUUUGAUUAAAUCUGUGUUUGGAGUAAGCUAAUACAUUAGCAAUGUGUAAUGAUACUUUAAUAAAUAUAUUAGGAUCCCACAA